AUGGAUCUAGGAAUACCAAACAGGGUUCUGACUAAGGAGGAAAUUAGUCGUUGUUAUUUGAAAUGGCAACAACUUCGAAACCUUUAUGGUGAAAAUGCUCCUCAGAUGCCCGAAUUCAUUACCUGCACAAGAAUAUUACAGAGAGCUGCAAAACAACAACAGGAUGCAAAACAGCAGCUACAGCAGCGACAGCAGCAGCUGCAAAAUGAGCAGACUACUAAUAGUCCGGUACCAAAUGAUGUAAUUCAACGUAAAGAACCAACCGAGACCACGUCGCCUGGCACGUCAUUGAAUGGUCCAAAAAAUGUUCCAACACCAACUAAUAAUACUUUUCCAAGUAGCACAUCUUUAAGAAGAAAUAGUUCAUUAGCACAGUCACCUAAAAGUGUUCGGCCUCCCAAUGAGAAUCAAUUCACAGAAACAAGGUCACAAAGUAACCAUAUAGAAUCCCAAAUACCAUCUGAACCUAACGAUUACCAAACAGGUCAUAAGGUAAAGACUACCAAUCUCCCAUUAAAACAAAAUAAGCAAGAUACUACUGAAAACCUGAAUCAAAACUUUAAUAACGAUAAGGAACAAAUAAAUCACAUAGCAAAUGGAAAGGUACAAGAACCGCACAAUACUCAAGAUAGUUUACCUGUUCAAUCACCGCCUGCACCAAAUCCUUCAAAGCCAAGCGACAUGUCUCAGAGUAAUGUGCCCAAAAUCAUUCCAAAUAAUACCCAAAAUGUCGACACUUUUAAUAAGAACACGCAACAGUCAUCGGCACAAGCAGAAUCCAAUAAUAUACAACGCCCUCAUCAUUCUAACCUAUUCACAAAUGAACAAUCUACUCUAUUAAAAGCACAGAUAACGGCAUUGAAAUGUCUCGUUAACCAGCAAUCUGUUCCAGAGGAAUGUCAAUCAAUUAUACAAGGAUCAAUAAAUAAUCCCCCCGAUUUUAGAAGAAUGUUAAUGUCUUUAAGUGAGUUUGUAAGAAGACAAACCAAUCAAAACCAAGGACCGGAACAACAAAAUGAUAAAUCUUCAAAUGACCAAUUGAAUUCUCAAUCUCACGAUUUUAAUAAUAAAGUUGAUGGCCAAGAGGUUGAAACAAAUUUGCAGGAGAGACAAACGGAACAAAAACAACAACUACAGGAUGGUAAAGAACCAGAACGUAACCAUCAAAUACCAGACGGUAUUACGCCACCACAUGUGACUGCGGAUGAGUCUACGAUACAUGCUUCAACAAAGAAUGAGUUAUCAACCCCGCAGUAUCUCCCGAUAGCUGAAGCUAAACCUAUUGGAGCUAAGACAGUAAAUGCAGAUUUAUCACCCAAAUCGAAACCACAAGAAGAAAAGGUAGAAAAUAAGGCCAAAGAAGUUGAAAUGAAGAAGGAAACCAUAGAAGAAAAACCUAAAGAACCAGAAUUUGUAGGUGAUAAGGAACCUCCAAAACCUCAACCUCCCAUACUGUUGGAUGAUUUUAAGGCACUUCUCUCUGAAAAUGUUGAAAAUGUCAUUGACGUCAAGGACCCAACAAUGAUGGUCGAUUCAUUUACUCUUCCUGAUUUUUCUCAAAAAGUGACUUACGAUUCCUUAUUCCCAACUGCAACAGAUCCAACAUUACACAUUCAACCAGGGUUCCUUCCUCCAGGAAUUGAUAUUCAUACUGCCACGGAACUUUACCAUACAUUAAUUGCUUUAAAUAUCGAUACCUCACUAGAUGAAUGCUUAAAUACUAUUUUGUCCACUGAAGAUGCAAACAAUCUCAAACAAAAUGAUUGUCUAUAUGACUACUAUGCUCUUCAAUUACUACCAUUACAAAAGGCAAUGCGAGGUCACGUCUUACAAUUUGAAUGGUAUCAAAAUUCUUUAUUAACAAAUAUGCACCCGAACUUCCUUUCCAAAGUGAGAAACGUGAACAUACAAGAUACAUUACUGACACAUGAACUAUAUAGAAAACAUGAAAUAUUACAAUAUGAAAAACGAAAGAAACAAGAAGAACAAAAACUGAAUUUGAUAAUUAACUCAUCUGUCGACCAAUAUACUAUAAGAUCAGAAAAGCGGAACCGACGUUUGAAACAUGGUCAUAAAUUGAUUAAUACUCAUGUGACACUUGAGAAAGAUGAACAAAAGAGGAUAGAAAGAAAGGCUAAAGAACGUUUGCAAGCAUUGAAGGCAAAUGAUGAAGAAGCAUAUAUUAAAUUGUUAGAUCAAACAAAAGAUACGAGAAUUACUCAUUUGUUAAAACAAACUAAUGCAUUCUUGGAUUCAUUGACUAAAGCAGUGAAGGAUCAACAAAAAUAUACAAAGGAAAUGAUUGAUUCUCAUUUGUUAGAAAAUUCAGAACAAGAACCAUCGGUAACUCCUCAAUUAACAGACGCAAUAGUCGAUGAAGAAGAUGAAGAUGACGAUUUAGCUGGUACUAUCGACUAUUAUAGUGUAGCACACAGAAUAAAAGAAGUAAUUACGCGACAGCCUACUAUGUUAGUAGGUGGUACCUUAAAAGAGUAUCAAUUGAAAGGGCUGCAAUGGAUGGUAUCACUUUUCAAUAAUCAUUUGAAUGGUAUCCUAGCAGACGAAAUGGGGUUGGGUAAAACUAUUCAAACCAUUUCAUUAUUAACAUAUUUGUAUGAAACGAAAAAUAUUCAUGGUCCUUAUUUGGUUAUUGUGCCAUUAUCGACGUUAUCAAAUUGGAGUAAUGAAUUUGCAAAAUGGGCACCUGCAAUGCGAGCUGUCUCUUAUAAAGGUUCACCUGCUGAAAGAAAAUCAAAACACAAUAUCAUUAAAUCAGGUGAAUUUGAUGUCGUCUUAACUACUUUUGAAUAUAUCAUUAAGGAAAGAGCUUUACUAUCAAAGAUAAAAUGGAUCCAUAUGAUUAUUGAUGAAGGUCAUAGAAUGAAAAAUGCACAAUCAAAAUUAUCCUUGACAUUGAAUACAUAUUAUCAUUCUGAUUAUAGAUUAAUCCUUACAGGUACACCGUUACAAAAUAAUUUACCAGAACUAUGGGCAUUAUUAAAUUUUGCAUUACCCAAAAUUUUCAAUUCUGUAAAAUCUUUUGAUGAGUGGUUUAAUACACCAUUCGCAAACACCGGUGGUCAAGAUAAGAUCGAAUUAAAUGAAGAAGAAACACUGCUGGUUAUUAGAAGAUUACAUAAGGUUCUGAGACCAUUCCUAUUACGUCGUCUGAAAAAAGAUGUUGAGAAAGAUCUUCCAGAUAAAGUUGAAAAAGUUAUUAAAUGUCAAAUGAGUGCUUUGCAACAGGUCAUGUAUCAACAAAUGUUAAAAUAUCGUAGGUUAUAUAUUGGUGAUCACACUAAUAAAAAGAUGGUUGGUUUAAGAGGAUUUAACAAUCAACUGAUGCAAUUGAAGAAAAUUUGUAACCAUCCAUUUGUCUUUGAAGAAGUGGAAGAUAGAAUCAAUCCUACAAGAGAAACGAAUUCAAAUAUAUGGCGUGUGGCAGGUAAGUUUGAAUUAUUAGAAAGAAUUCUGCCAAAGUUGAAAGCAACCGGCCAUAGAGUACUAAUCUUCUUCCAAAUGACUCAAAUUAUGGAUAUUAUGGAAGAUUUUCUGAGGUUUACAGGCCUCAAGUAUCUAAGACUGGAUGGGCACACCAAAUCGGAUGAACGUAGUAUGCUCUUACAAUUGUUCAAUGAACCAAACUCGGAAUAUUUUUGUUUCAUCUUAUCAACAAGAGCCGGUGGUCUUGGUUUGAAUUUACAAACUGCUGAUACAGUUAUUAUCUUUGACACAGAUUGGAAUCCACAUCAAGAUUUACAAGCACAAGAUAGAGCGCAUAGAAUUGGUCAAAAGAACGAAGUUAGGAUUCUAAGAUUGAUUACAGAACAUUCAGUGGAGGAAGCAAUUUUAGAGAGAGCUCAUAAGAAACUAGAUAUUGAUGGUAAAGUCAUUCAAGCUGGUAAAUUCGAUAAUAAAUCUACCGCCGAAGAACAAGAAGCUUUACUACGAUCAUUAUUAGAAGCCGAAGAAGAUCGUAAAAAAAGAAGAGAGCAAGGUAUUACAGACGAAGAGACAAUGGAUAAUAACGAACUGAAUGAAUUACUAGCCAGAAAUGAUGGUGAAAUAGAAAUCUUCCAAAAAAUUGACGAAGAACGUACUAAAAAAGAAAAAGAAAUGGGUAUUAAAACUAGAUUAUUAGAUAAUAGUGAGUUACCGGAUGUUUAUCACCAAGAUAUAGAAGCAGAAAUGGCCCGUGAAGAAUCUGAGGCGGCUGCAGUGUAUAGCGGAAGGGGAGCUAGGGAACGUAAAAGUACUCAUUAUUCAGAUAAUGUCUCCGAAGAACAAUGGUUGAGACAAUUUGAAGUAAGUGACAAUGAGGAUGAGCAGGUACUAGAAGUACCCAAGGCAGAAAAAGAGGAAGAUGUUGUUGCUAUUCUCAACGAGACGGAAGAAGGUUCAAAGAAAAGGAAAGCAGCUGGUAGAUCUAGAGGUAGACCAAAGAAAAUGAAACUGGUUGACACUGACGUUAGCUCCGAAACUGCAAUUCCUGAAAGUCCAAUGACAGUUGAAAAUACACCAAACGAAGAACUUCGAACUUCUCCACCAGUAGAAGAUGAAACACCCCCAGAAAUAAGGGUAACAGCUGGCAAAACCUCAAUAAAAUCAGCAAGAACUAAUUCGAGAGGCCGUGGUCGUAUACGUGGUCGUGGUAGAGGAGGACGUGGAAGAGGUACACGGGGAAGACCACCAAAGAAAAAUGGUCUGGAUUAUAUUCGUGAUGCGAAAAAUGUUACUGAGAGUUUAGAAGUUCGCGAAACCAUAGCUAAUCAGGCUCAAGAGCUGUUUGAUUUUGCUGUGGACUACAAAGAUAAAAAUGGCAGAAACCUUUCUGAUAUUUUUUUACAGAAACCUUCGAAGGCAAUAUAUCCUGAUUAUUAUCUUAUAAUAAAGUAUCCGGCAGCUUAUGAGAAUAUUGAGAAACAUAUUGAAACAAAAGCCUACUGUUCAUUAUCAGAAGUUCUGGAGGAUUUCCAUUUAAUUUUCAGCAAUGCAAGGAUAUAUAACACUGAAGACUCUUUAGUUUAUCAAGAUUCUACUGAAUUAGAAGAAGCUGUAACUAAAAAAUAUCAUGAAAUAACGGAAAACGAUGAUCCUAUUGACUUUUCAAUUUUUGAUGAAAAAUAUGCAACUAAACCGUUACAGUUGAAUUCUUCUGCUGAUGCAUCCAAUGUAAUAUCCCCAUCUUCCUAA